AUGACGACCCAUCACCAACGCCAUUCCGCUCCCAUCGGCGUCAUUCCCGUGCCCCACGGCCCCGAGACGGGCCAGGAGCAUGAGGAUUACCCCCGGGAGCACACCACCGAGUACGAGCGCCAGAUCUUCGGCCACGUUACGCGCCCUGACGAUUCAUACACUCCCGAGGGCACCUACUGGGCCGACCUGCCCUUCUGGCAGCGUGUCAGCUUCGUCAGCAAGGUCGACCGCGAUGAGGCCGCCAAGGAGCUUAAGGCCACCGGCGAGAUGAUGAAGAAGGAUCCUCUUUCGCCUCUUGGCUGGUAUUUCCGCAAUGCUGUUCUCCCCGGUGCCGGUCUCGGUCUCGAGGGUUAUGUCCUGUUCUCAAUUGGUAACCUGGAGCCUCUUUUCGCUGCCGCCUGGCCUGAAUGCUGGGGCAAGUCGCAUUCCGCCUGCAGUCAAAAUUGGGUCGCCUCUGUCACUUACCUCGAGAUUGUUGGAAUCAUGAUUGGCCAGGCCGCCGUCGGUGUCAUCGGAGACUGGAUUGGCCGCCGUUGGGGUCUUAUUCAGGACGCCGCCAUCAUGUUCGUCGGUCUGCUGCUUUUGACUGGAAGCUGGGCUAGCUCUCUCCAGGGCUGGGUCAUCUUCUACGCCUGGUCCCUCUUUUUCUACGGUUUCGGUGUUGGCGGCGAAUACCCCAUCACCGCCACCUCCUCCAUGGAGAACUCAGUUACCGCCGGCCGCCUUUCUACUCGCGAGGAUCGUCUUCACCGUGGCCGCAAGGUCACCAUGGCUUUCCUGAUGCAGGGCUGGGGACAGUUUGUUAACCAGGUUGUCCUUAUCGUUUUGCUCGUUAUCUUCAACCGCGGUUACGGCGAUGGUCCCUACUCGCAGACUGCCGCUCAGUACACUUUCCGCCUGUCCUUCGCCUUCCCCGCCAUUGGUACUCUCUGGCUUGUCUACUACAGAAUCUGGAAGAUGCCUCGUGCGAACCAACAGCUCGCACUUGCCAAGAAGAAGCAGGGCGUUACUGGCUACGACAUCAACGCCCUCAAGUACUGUUUCCGUCACUUCGGUGGCCGUCUGCUCGCCACCGCCGGUACUUGGUUCUGCAACGAUGUGUUCUUCUACGGCAACAAGCUCUUCCAGAGCCAGUUUAUCUCUGUCAUAUCCAGCAACCCCGAUUCCCUAUUGACCAAGUGGACUUGGAGCUUGAUCAACGUUGUCGUCUCCCUCGCCGGAUACUACCUCGCCUCUCUUUUCAUCGACAACAAGCUUUACGGUCGCAAGAUGAUGCAACAAGUUGGCUUCCUGAUGUGCUUCGUCAUGUUCGUCAUCCCUGCCUUCAAAUACGAGUACUACACCAGCCCCGCCGGCAUCAAGGCCUUCCAGGCCAUGUACUUCAUCAGCUCGUUCUUCAACCAGUUCGGACCCAACUCCGUCACCUUCCUGGUGGCUGGUGAGGUGUUCCCCACCCCCAUCCGUGCCAGUGCUCACGGUUUCUCCGCCUGUAUCGGAAAGGCCGGCGCCCUCCUCGCCUCCGUUCUGUACAACUACAUUGAUACUCAGACCAAGUUCUACGUCGUUCCCUGGUUCGGUCUGGCCGGUAUGCUUCUCACCUGGCUCUUCCUUCCCGACACCACUGGCCUCGAUCUCAAGGAGCAGGAGCGCCGUUGGACCUACAUCCGCAGCGGCAGGGAGUCUGAGUACCACGGCGUUGCCGUCCACCCGGAGCAUCUCAGUCUGUGGGAGCGCAUUCGCGGUGUUGGCAAGUACUACGACGCUGAGAAGGACCACAAGGCCCAGAUCGAGGAUAUGCGCAAGGAGUGGGAGGACAGACAGGCGGAGCAAGGCGAGAAGGAGCCUGAGGUCUGGGAGGACCACGACCUGUUCUCCGAAGAGAUUCACGGAUACUUCAAGGGCCAGCACAAGGGCAAGGAAUCUACUGGAGGCAUCAUGGCCAACGACGUCGAGGCCUCAGAAUCAUCGUCCGCGAGAGAAAAGGAGACCGGUGAUGAGAUCCAGUCAACCCCGACUGUGGAAGAGACGCGCGAUUCACACCUGAACGAGAAGCAAGGUUAA